AUGCGCACCUCCCCGCCGCCGUCCCGGCCGCGCCUGCGCAGCUCCCCAGCGAAACGAGGCGCUCCCUUUCCUGCCGGCGCAGUUCCCCGGACGCACCCCACCUUUGGCGGUCGCCUCGGAAACCCGGCGCGCAGGCGCAGUCCCCGAGACUCCCCCCAACACACACACCCGCGGUCGCCUCGGAAACGAGGCGUUCGCUUUCCCCCGGAGUCACCCCACCGUUGGCCGUCGCCUCGGAAACCCGGCGCCCAGGCGCAGUCCCCGAGACUCCCCCCAACACCCACACCGGCGGUCGCCUCGGAAGCGAGGCGCUCGCUUUCCCCCGGACUCAGCCCACCCCUGGCGGUCGCCUCGGAAACCCGGCGCGCAGGCGCAGUCCCCGAGACUCCCCCCAACACCCACACCGGCGGUCGCCUCGGAAACGAGGCGCUCGCCUUCCCCCGCACUCAGCCCACCCCUGGCGGUCGCCUCGGAAACGAGGCGCUCGCUGUCCCCCCGGAGUCACCCCACCGUUGGCCGUCGCCUCGGAAACCCGGCGCGCAGGCGCCGUCCCCCGGACUCCGCCGCGCCGGGGUCGGUCGCCUAGGAGACGGGGCGGGCGGCGCAGGCGCAGUGGGCGCGCUGGAGGCCCGCGGGCGGGAGCCGGGGUCGGGGUCGGGUCCGGCGGCGUCCCUGCUGAGCCUGCUGCUGAGCGGCGCGGCGGGCGGGGCCCCGACCUCGGGCCCGGGCCCCGGCGGGGACCUGCUGCUGCUCUACGAGAUGCCGGGCCACGGCGACGACGAGGCGGAGCCCCCGGAGGAGCCCCCGGAGGAGGCGGACGGCGGCGGCGGGGAGCCCGGAGGCCUCCCCGGGGACGACGACGACGACGACGACGACGAGGCCGCCGGGGGCGGCGCGGCCAGCAAGACCUGCACCUACGGCGGCUGCAGCGAGACCACGGACCAGGUGGCCAAGCAGCGCAAGCCCUGGAUGUGCAAGAAGCACCGAAACAAGAUGUACAAGGACAAGUACAAGAAGAAGAAGAGCGACCAGGCCUCCGGCUCCGCCGCCGCCGCCGCCGCCGCCGGGACCGGCCCGCCCGCCCCCGGGGGCAACGUCAAACUGGAGGAUAGCGCAGAUGGCUCGGUAUCUAUUGCGAAGCAGAGGACAGGGUCCCUCGGAGAUCGUCCUGCCAAGCCUACUCUUCUAGAGCAAGUGUUAAACCAAAAGAGGCUGUCACUGUUAAGAAGUCCGGAAGUUGUCCAUUUUCUGCAGAAACAGCAGCAGCUACUGAGUCAACAAGCUUUGGAGCAGAGACAGCAACAGUUUCCAGGAGCGUCGGUGUGAGGGUUUUAGUUGAGCGCACUUAACGGGUUUCCUUCUUCUACUCCAGAUGAAGAUUAUUUUUAUACAAAAGAUGUAGCGAGGCUCUGACUCAGUCCACCUGAAGCAUAACAUUUUGUAAUUAAUGUGUCUGUAUUGUGACAAAUCAGUAUUGUACUCUGUGGGACUGAGCUAUUCAGAUAUCCUUGGGUUUUGAAGACACCUGGUGCUAGCUAACAUUUCAGUAAUCCCACUUAAACCAUCACCUUUUUGUACCAAAACACUUUUCAUAGAAGAAAAAUCCCUGAAGUCUUCCAUUGAGUGAAAUAUCUUUGUAACAAAACAGUGGAGUUAUUCUUCAGUCAUUGCCACUGAAGGGAGUGAGGCAUCUACUUUCUGUGGAAGUUGCAAAAUGAAGAGAAACUAAUCUGAGUCGGUCAUUCGGGAUGGCAGGUGGUAAUCUAGAGUUUGGACACACAGAAGGAAGGCUUGAAUUCAACAGUGAUCUCGUCUAGUCCAAACCCUUGGCUAGAGAAUUCCCUUCGCAUAAGGGGGACAAUUAGAACUGUUGGCUAGUCUGAGAUUGCAGAGGGCACCUACUUAUAAAAGGGCCACUUAAGGCAGAAGAGAGGGAGAACUAAAACCACCAAAAAAUAAGUGUAGAAACUCCUUGGGGGCACUAUCAAAACUUCCUUUUUUCUAUUGGUCUUGUCAUCUAGGAGUCUUAGUUAAGCAUGAUCUCUUCCAAAACCAAAAACCGCUUGUAUAGAAUGUGUGGUCAUUGAAGAUGUUUACAGGGAACUUUUAGGUGAACUAGCCCCAGCUCAACUCUCCCUCUGUUUUCUUAAGGGCUCUGUGAAUAGGAUUUCUUGGAUUCAUACGACAAAAAAUAUCCUAAUUGAGCUUUUUUUGGGCCCAUAUUCAAGCUCAUCAAGUAUCCAAAGAAUGACAAGUAAUCAAAUAAAUCCCCCCAUCUCUUCCUUUAUGUUCACCAGGUUCCUCCUAAAGAGAACAAAAAUUCAAGUUCCAUAGUAACAAAUACAAAAAUGGGUGUAGAGUAAGCCUUACCCAGUGUUCUAAUAGCUACUGUAUUCCUAGUUAUGGUGGGUGAAAAUUAAUGUUCUUUCACUGUCAAAUGAAUUUUAAUAGCUAUGCACCAUGUUAAACAUCAACAGGUAUUUUUUCUCUACAGAUAUUCAUUGAAGAACUUGUUGAUGAUCAUUUUAUAAGUGUGUUUUAUAACUGUGCUGUAUUUCUGUGCACAAAACUUAUGCCAAGAUCAAUCUAUUAAAAUUUUUACCUUUCA